ACUGAAUCUAAGCACAUCGGAAACAACACUUGGAAUUGUAGAAUGGUGUAAAUACUGAUUAUAGUACAGAGUUAAAAGCCAUGGAUGAGAAGAACCUUCAUCCAGAUGGCCAGUUUCAUACUCAAGAUGCAGACUUUGGCUUCUUUCAACCAAUGCCCGACCCCAGCGUUGCUUCCUCGAGUUACCCUGGUUAUGCAGCAUGGACACAGUUCAGUGGCAUCCCACCAUCCCCUGGGGAUGCAGCUGCCUUUGGAUGGGACAGCUUUGUCACACCUCCAAACACACCCUCUGCUGGACAGAAUCUAGAUCUUAAUCAUCCGGAUUAUUACUCCAAUCUCAGUAAUGUAAUGCAAGCAAUGGGAAAGAGUAAUCCGACUUUUGAUGCCAAUGUAUCUAAUGAUACAGACAAACUUGCUUCCACACCAGUGGCCCAGUCUCUUCUUGAAGCUCUCAGUUCACCAAACCCGGGACUAAACACAAUGCAGGAUGGAAAUGUAUCACCGAUGCAGAAUCCCCUGGAUUUUGCCCAGACAAGUCAAGAUGGUUAUGAUAUUUAUGCUGAAGCAUUGAAGAAGUUAGGCUCGGGAUACCCAUCUUACAAUCCAUUCGGAACGUCUGAUGUUCUGAACAGUUCACCAUCAGCUACUCCUCCACCUAGAGAUCUAGAUCAACAAGGCAAUGCAAAACCAAGCUUUGCUGAUGUUGCAAAAACAUUGAAAAAUAAUCAGACUUCUAAUAAGGACAAAGAUGAUGCAGAUACAGGCAGGAGAAGGUCAACUGAGAAUACCAACUCCAGGUCAUUUAAAGGAAGUAAAAAGUUUGUACCCAGACCAAUUAGAGGUAGAAAUAACAGUGUUCCAGAUGAUUUGUGCAGAACAACAGUUUCACCAGAUUCGAAAUAUGGCCUUGAUGAUUUUGGUGAUGUUGAAGUUAAAAAGAAUGAAAAAGAAGAUUUGAUCACGAGCUUGGAUGACAUCCCAGUGAUUACGCGUAAGAACAGUACAAGUAGCCUAAGUAGUGGUACUAGUGGAAUUGAGGAGAUUCAUCUUAACAAAACUUGCAACAGUUACUGUAAUAGUAACGAUGACCCACAAAAUUUUGAAAAAAUAAGCAACAAAGAAAAGGAAAAGGGACUAGAAAAAGAAAAUGUAAAGGCCUCAUCUAAAGAGGAAAAGCCUUUCUUUGAUGCUCGUAGAAUUUUUCAGACACAGACAAAAGACACAAACAGGCGCCGAGGCCAGUCAAAACUUGCUGAUGAGGAUUGUGGUCCUACUAUACUGAACAAUGGAAAGCCGUCUUAUGCAGCAUGGUGCUCAUCAGCAGCUCACAAAAAAUCAACCCACUAUAUCAACAAUAAUCUACGAGACUCACAGAAGAAAACCAAUCAGAAUCCAGCCACAGGAUUGAAAGGUCAGACGAUUCCGCCAGAAAAUGUCUACCCUCAGUCGCAGCCAAAGGCCGAAAAGCAGACUCGUACCAGACAAGGUUCAGCGAAAAGUAGGUCUCCCACUGCCAAGACUGAGAUGCCUUUACAGACCUCAUUUGAUCAUGAACUGAUAGAUGAAUGGCUAAGUUUUCUCUAUGACAAGGCAAAGCUGUGUCUUCAUCAACUAUGGACUCUUGUAUUGAUGGUGAUUUUGCUCAUCUUCAGCAUCAUUGUAUACCUGGUAUCUGGCUGUGUUCAUAUAAUCAGUUGGUUGUGGGGUAAACUGUGGAUGUUUUUGGAGAAUAAGGUCUUUAAGGGAAAAUUGUUUGGAGGGGAUAGAUGGCGCAAAACGGUCACAGACACACCAAAGAAGAUUGGACUUGAGGAAAACAUAAGCUUGCCAGCAACAGGAGAAGAGGCGAUGCAGAGACUUCUUGCCUGUAAGGACCUAGGUUAGAGUGUAAUUUUUAUUUUAGGAUUAAAAUCUACUGCCACAGACGAUGAUAUAAAGAAGUAUUAUAGGAGACAGGCUGUUCUAGUCCAUCCUGAUAAGAAUCAGCAACCUGGUGCAGAGGAAGCAUUCAAAAUUCUCGGACAUGCCUUUGAUCAUAUUGGAGAUGCUUCGAAGCGUGAGGCAUAUGACCGGCAGCUACAGGAGGCUAAGGAGGCUGAAGCAGCUAUGCGUGAAUUUAAUGACCUUCUGACAAAAUUACAAGAGAAAAUCCAGCAGGCCAGUAACAUGAUGCGAUGUGACAAUUGUGGCGGGAAACAUAAGCGUGUACCUAUAGAGAGACCCUGGUAUAGUGCUCGCUUUUGUGAUAGGUGUAAAAUUCGACACUCAGCUAAAGAGGGUGAUGUAUGGGCGGAAACAUCCAUGUUAGGAUUUCUCUGGCAUUAUUACGCUUGUAUGGAAGGAAAGGUGUUUGAUAUUACAGAAUGGGUAGCUUGUAAGAAGGAAUUUUUCAAGCACAUGCAGGCAAAUGCCCAUCAUGUGUUCUAUCGUAUUGCCACUGAAGGUAACAGGGGACAUAGAGGACGAUCAAACAGUGAUAAACAUGGUCAGGACACUGCUGGCGCUAGUCCAGAAGGAGAUCUGGAGGAUUUUAUAAGUCACCUGUUUCACCAGGCCAUGAACACUGAUGGUACGUCAUCUUCUCAAUCUUGGCAACCUCCUCAGUCUAACGGACAAGCUUGGAACUCAGCUGCACCCUCUCAUCCAACCACUACUGCUCCAGGAAAACGGCAAAGGAAAAAGAAGAAGAAACAUUAACACCAGCAUUAAUUAGGAAUUAAGAAAUCGGCCUUAUGAUAAAAUGGAAUGUUACUCGAAAAUGAUUUCUGCUUAAAGAAAAAAGACUUGGAGAGACUGAGCUAAAGUGGUUGUUCCAUGGGUUAAACUUUAUACCUUCAGUAUGAGAGAAGGCUAAGUUUAAUCGUAAGAGGUGUUAUGUACAGAGAAUGUUGGUAAUUGAACAGAACAGAAUAAAAAUGAUUUGACUUACCACUAAGUUCAGUAGGUAGAGCAUUUGACAUCCGGUCAAGUGUGUUUUUUUCUUGGUGAUGAUUGACUGAAGGCAGUGUGUCUAAGAUCAUUCAUCCUCUACCUCUGAUUGAUGUGGAGAAGGUGUAAGUUACAUGCAAAGAACAAUACUGGUAAGGAACCAAGGAACCUGACCAGCAUUUAUCACCGAAAUACUGUUAAACAGCAAUAAAUCCCACAAAGUAGUAAAGAAAGUAAAAGGUUUUAACCCAUCAAAAUAUAGUUCUUAAGGUUAAUGUGUUGUAUUCCCAGUUGCAUUUUGGAACAAAGGAUAUAUUAUCACUCAGUGCAAAAAGUGGCUAAGUGACUAUAUCACGGCUGUUAUCCACGUUUUUGACCUGUGGUGACUGUAUGUCAUUAGGUUCUGAAUUAACUUGUCUGCAAGGUAUACCUACCUAUGUUCAAUAUAUUGUUGACUUAGACUUUGCAGUACUGUAAGUUGGGUAAAAUUCGCAAUGGCUUUAAUUUCCCUAAUUUUUGUGAAAAAUGCCACAUGUGCAUUCAAAAUAUUUGUGAAUAUAAACCUUUAGCCUGCUGGCAGCAAGUGAUUCUGCCAUUGCGACCAGUGUAGACCAAGAUCAGCCUGCACAUCUGUGGUCUGCACUGUUUGAUAGUCAGUAAAUUUUCAGUGAACACUCCUUCAAAUAAUAAAUGGUAUUGCCUAAAUUGAAUGAUGGACAGUCCAUCUUAGAAAUUUAGCAGGCUAAAGGUUAAUCUGUAUCAUGUCUUAAAACAUAUUCACUCAAGUUCUGCAAAUUCCUAAAUUGGUGAACGCAGCUGCUAACUAUGAUAUCGCUAAAUGUAGCCUUUGUGAAAAUUAACUUAUCUACAGUAUAUAGCAGAUGUAUUACAUGUUUAGCUUGUUACGUCAGAGAUUAUUUUAUUAAAUAAUGUAUAAUUUAUCUCCUUUUGGUGGAAAUAAAAGAUGUUUAGUUUU